ACUCUUUUAAAAACUUGAUCCUUGUCUGUGUGCGCGGGAUGGCUAUGUCUUUUUCCAUCCCUCCAUUAUUCCGAAGACGAGAUAAAAAGCCAUCAGAAACCAAAUGCUACCCUACUCUAGCGUCCAUUUGUCAGCCUCGGAUAUCUUGCUCCUCCAAAAGUUAUCAGUCGAGCAAUUCGGCUCAUGUAAUAUCGCCAUUUGAAGAAUUGGAGGACAAUGACUUUUAUUUGUAUAUCAGGUCCAAUCACGACGGCCUUUUUAAAAGAUCUUGUGUUGUGUGCGUACCUUCCUCAAGACAGCUUCAUGGUCUUGCUUUGAACCGGAACUUAAUAGAUGCGCAUUCUUUUAGCCGCUCUCCUUACUAUCAAGGUCAAUACCAAUCAGCAAGCGGCAAAGUCAUUUCCAUUGAGCAAGAGGCGGUUAUAACUAUCUCAGGUUACGGAGAAUCGAAGCCAAUCCGUAUAUUAAAUGAGGAGUUGAUUUACUUGGAAUCUAAAAAAGUUCGCGUCUUGUUGAUAGAUGAGCUACUUGAAGGAGGGAUUGUCACAUCAACAAACAAUCAGCUGAUGAACGGAAAUGACCUCUCAAUACACCCGCCUCCUUCCUUCAAAAAUUGUGGGGAUGAUUUGACCGUGCUGAAAAGUAUUCCCAACGGCCCAAAGAUGAUUGAGGGAUUGCGUGCCUUUGUCCGAGAGUUUACGGAGACAUAUGUUUACCUUCCAGGAUACACGGAUCACACUGUUGAAAAAAUAUGUCAGAUGUGCAGCAAAGCGGCUCAGGAGCUGUGCAUUUACGAUUCAACCACCACUAAUGCAAUUGGAUGGACUGACAUUGAGAAGAAAAUCUUGAAAGAGCGAAUCGAAAACUUGGUUAUGGAGAUGCUUCACAACAAGAUUUGGAUCCAAAGCCUUCCAGGAUUUCUAUCGGUUGAAGAUAGCAACUUGGAAGUUCUUUCGGUAGCUUAUUGUCGCGACACAUUUGCACUUGGAAAAUACGGAAUUAAUCGCCAGUUAGCAAGUAUGCCACGAAAAUACCUAACUGGAGCAAUCGCUUGCCUUCAGCAGCUAGAUGCCGAUCAUGAAUGCUAUCGAAUUAUAUCUCAUCAUUAUGGCGAAGAGGAUGAGGAUGAGGGAAGUGCUGACCCAGCCGCAGCGGUGAUCAACUUCAAGCCUGCCUUGACACCUGUGGAAAAGCUAAAGUGUGUUCGAGAUACACUAGAUAGGAUAUCGCAGGCUGCCGAGAAAUACCUGUUAGACAUGUCGAUGGUGAAUGAAGCACAUGAAGCCUGCGUGACCACAGAUCAACUUAUACCACUUGCAAUGUUCGUGCUGAUUCACGCUCGCAUACCAAGACUGGCCAGCAUGAUAUUUUAUAUGGAACACUUUUCGUUUGAAGUCGGUAAAAACUCUGAUCUGAACUUUGCAUUAGUCACCUUCAAAGCGGCUGUAGAGUUUUUGAAGGAUGAUCCUCUUGGGUUGAGUGAGGUUUGCUCCAUCUCAUCCAUGUCGUCCACCUCGUCAACAGUAUUGAGAAUUACACCACACUCACGAAAACGAUCAUCAUCUCUUAGUACCAAUGUGACAAGCCCAUUGUCGACGCCCUCAUGCUCUGCUGCCAUGAUUGGUAGCCGAAGCAUUAACCAGCGACCAAUGUCCCCACCGUGUUAUGUCGAAGUUGGAUCGGAUAUUUUGAUCCAGCCAAUAACAAACUUGAGGGAAGUCCGGCAUCGAAAGUCAGUCAGCGCGGACUUGUGCUCCUUAGCUCGCCAUGCGACCGGUCAUACCGAAAUACCAGUCAUAGACUAUAACCGUAUUACUUCACCAUUGAACCGACGAGAGAGUCCCAACUUGAUUGUUCGUUCUAGGAUUGUUCUACCCAAGACUCCACCACCUCCUGAACCAUCCCCAUCGCCACGAAGGAAAAGUUCUGACUGGACUGCGUCAGAUCAACUCCAUGAGAACUGGCAGCCCGAUGGAAAGUCGAUGUAUCCACAUCCACUUGUUUCAACCACAAGCCCAACAAUAUCCGCUCGUGAAAAUUUUAUGGCGAGUUGUGAUCGGCCGCCGUCUUAUGAUGCAUGCCAGAAUGCAAUCACGUACAUGUCUAGACGAACAGCCGCGCGCCCCACUUCUAUGAUGAUAGGAUCACCGCCACCUAGGAUCAUCAACGUUCAAAGCAACCAGGGAAUAAAUGAACGAUAUCCACGGCGACCUCGAUCAUUCUGCCUGGAAUCUGGUAUGGUUCAGAAAGAGCACAGCAUAGGCGACUUUUUGAGUGGCUUACAGAAUCUAGGUGGCGAUGUUGUUGGAGAGCGAACUGGAGAGAUACGAUCACUGCAGCGAUGGUGAUCGAAGCAUUAGUACAUACAAUUAGUUAUAUACUGUUACAGAUUACGUACAGCAGUAACAAGGUACAACUUUUUUCGCAAGGAAUUUACGUUGAGCAGUAUAUCCAUUGUAUCCUCUUUCUCGUUCAAAGCAGGGUCAUUUCUUAUCAAGUAGGCAAUGACCAUGAGGAGAAAAAACAUGAAAGUACUUCAGAUAAAAUGAAAAACGAAAAUCACAUUUAUACAAACGAUUACAUGU